AGCAAGAUCCUCACAGCCUACUUAUCCUUCUGCAUGUGUUGUGGCCUGCAGAGUGGACAAGCGCAACUUCAGGAGUGAUGGGUUCAGGCUCUGUCUGGGCAAAGAGAGCCAUACAGCAACUGUUCUUACCACAGCCACACAAUAUGGAUUGCAGACAAAAACCUGCCAGAUUUCACAAAGCCUUGAUGCUGUGUUUGGACUCCUGAAGAAAUGGAGAAGGGCUGUACAUUGGAGGAAAUCAAACAAAAACCAAACAGGAAACCAAAACCCCCAAAGUCUUCCUGACCUUUGAUAAUAAGCUGUAUGUCCCCAUCCAGAGCUGGGGCUCUGAUGGACAUUCCUUGAAGCUGAGCAUAGGAAGAUCAGCCAGCAACAGCCUGCAUCCUGACCAGAGCUGUGUUUUCCAGUCACUGCUGGGAUCCUGCGGUGGACUUCUUGUAUCACUUGUGUUUGGGGCAGGCCAGGCGGGUAACUUGCAACGAAUAGCCUGCUCUCCCUUUUCUUUCCCAGGCAUUGUAGGAUGGCAGCUCCUGCAUGUUGAGGCAGAGGCAGCUGCCUUGCUUAAUCGACUGGCUUUUCAAGCCUUGAAGCAGUCUGAAGAGACAUUCCCUAAAGGAGGGAGCCGCCUGUAACUUGCAGCCCUUGUGUUGAGCCUUGUGUGUUAGGCACGUACAGAGGUGUGGCACUCCCUGCCCUCCCGAGCCUGGUCUGCGAGCCUGGCUGGGCUGGUGGCACCGGCGAGCGGCGCUGAGUUCAGUCUCACCCGCGGCCCUGUGCUGCCAUCUGCUGCCGAAGCCCUUUGUUGCGGGCUUUCCUGCAAUCCCUGGGCUCAGCCACCGUCUCCGGGGACUGGUUGGGCACCCAGAAGUCGAGAGGGUGGCAGGUGGGAUGUAAGCAGACAUCACCUGAGACUUGGCUAGCACUGGUAUGGUGCCCUCUGAAAAGAAAUCACAGCUGAUGAUUUGUAGUUUGAUAGUUUAGCAAUGAUGGAACUGGUGCUUCCAAAUGUAGCCGUGUCCUCCUAUUCUACUGCCCUCUGUGCUUCAGAGGCAGGCUUUGUGCCCUCAUGCAGAAACAUGGUAACAUAAUGUAGGGCUUGGAACUGAGCUGUCCCAGGGCAGGCACACAACCCCUCUUGUGGCCAGUGUGCAUAAGGGUAUGGAUGUCUGUUGUCUUUACAGGUUGGCCCAAAGGAAUGGAACUAGUCUUUUUUAAAGUGGUGGCUAAGCACUCGUUCACGAGUCCAUGUUUAUGGUUUUAAGCAAACUGUUCAAAGAUGUGUAAGAUGCUGUGUUGGUCAUGCUACACAAACUGUCCCUUUGGUUAGCUGGCAGGGACAAGGAGCUGGAUUCCUGUGAGAGGUAAGGGAUAGGAGAACAUUUUCUUUGAAGAAUAUAUGCUAAGUGGCUAUAGAUACAGCUGAAUGUGUGGCCCAGAGUUAGGGGCUGCUGUCACCAACCAGUACCUAAAGCCAAAGUCAAUACCAUGGGCACAUGUACAAAGUGUGCUUGGAAUUCACUCUUUUUGGGUAGAAAACCAGGAAAACCCUUAAGUGAUACAUCCCAUACAGAAACAGGGUUACUGUAAGCAGAUAACCUGCCCUGGGUAGCCUGGUCUAGCUCCAAAAUAGUCCUGAUUUGAGCAGGGUUUCUCCAGUCAGAAGUAUUUCCUAGCACAACUUUUGUGCUGCAGUGUGUCCCAUGCUGGGCCAGCAGUGUGGUGAGAUGUCUGAUGUGAGGGGCUGGUCAGUGAAGAGGAAUGCUGAGAUCUGGCAGUCAUCCUUCCCCUCUGAAAGGGCAGAGCUCUGCAAAGACCAGGAUGGUGUGCUGAGCCUGUGCUGUCCAGUCUUAACAUGCUAAAUAUGCAAAUAACUCUAAUCCAGAGGCAGAGUCUAAGAGAUGUGGGCCAAGGUGCUGUAGGCCAUUGUGAGUCAUCAAGGAGCACUUUGCCUUCUUCAUCAGUCCCAGCCAGCAGGGAGUCAGCAGCAGGGGCCCUUUGCCCUCUGGGUCAGUGCCAGCUCUGUGCUGGAGGCUGGCACCCUGGAGCGCCAUUUGCCCACCUUUUGCUUCCCUGUGCUGACUUCAGUGUCCUGGCAGAGUAAAAGUGGGUGACACAGGCACCUGGAGAGUGUGCUCUUAAAAAAAAAAAAUUAAAAAUUUUUCCUAUCUGAUGGCGUUGACAUCUGUGUCACAAGGAGGUUCCUGUAUAUGGUUGAACCCCAUAGUUUGGGGCCUCCCUGCCUGGCAUUAAAACUUUCCCAUCAUGUUUCAUUGAUGAGGUGCCAAGGAGUGUUUGGUUGAGCUGACUGUACUCCCUGGAUUUAGUUCAGCUUUCUAUGGCUGUUUCCAAAUGGCUUUUGCUUUGUCCCAUCCUGACUGGACACAUGGAAUGGCUGCUCUUGAGGCAGGGGCUGGGAGGCUGCAAAUAGCCUGCAGGGGCACCUUGGCUGCAGGAUAAGGGGCAGCACAGGUCACUUGAAGUCUUCCUAAUAAAUCCACCCUUGAGGAUAGGAGGGGUGAGGGAGCUCUGCACUGCUGGGGAGGUUUGUGCUGCUAUUCCACUACCACCUGCUGGGACAGCUUAACCAGUUCAGCUCUCCCCAGAACCUCCCUAUGAGAAUGUUUUUUACUGCAUCCCACUAACAUGCAUGGAGAGGAUGUAGAGGGAAACAGUUUAAGAGUGACCCUAAUGCAUGAGUCUGGGUGACUUUGUGUGACAGCCCCAUACUUGCUUGGUGACUGUGCUUGUUUUCCAUUUUUUUCUUUUCUUUCUACUCCCCUCAUUCCCCCUUCAAGAGAGGAAGAUGAUGUGCAUUCAUCUCACUAGGCAGAGAGUAGCCAAACAAUUCAAGGCUGUGGAGAUCUGUGUGAUCCUUAGAACUGGAAAUGAAGUAUGAAGAAUUGCUUCUGUGGAGAGGUGUUAUGUGGCCACAACUUAUGCAUGCGAAUUCCAUAUGCCCACUCUAAGAUAAACUGCACAGCCCCACCUCUGAAAACAGGCCCCUGGGGUCUGACCAGGACUUGAAUCUGGCCCAGGUUUGAAGUCAGAUAUGGUGUUGUAGCAAGCAAGUGCAGUAUCUGGUUCUGAUCUCCAACAAUUUAUAGCCUUGAGACUUGUGACUUAGAUCCAAAAGAGGAAGGAGACAAAGGUAAAAUGUUCCCAGUAAUGGCAUAAAACACAGCUUUGAGGUAACUGCUUCUGCAUGUGCCCUCUGUUGGGCUUUGAUUUAGUAAUCUGUUAAUUUGGGGAAAUAAAUAAAACAUCUCUUUGCUCUUCUGAAGAAAAUCCUCUGUUAAUGCUAUAUGUGAAGAGGCAGGUUGGGGCUUCUUGUCUCUUUGAAGAUUCUCUGGAUCAUAUUCUUCCUUUUCUUAUUAAUUCCCUUACACCUGAGGGAUUUUGGUAACGUACCAUCACACUAGAGUGAGCACACGACUUACCCUUCCCAAUUCUCACUGAGUUUGAGCUCGCUCAGCUCAGGUAACUUUGGGACAUGAAGUCCCAAAACCUUGCUUGAAACCCUCAGCACUUACUAGAACUUACUAAAACUUGUCAGGGCUGUGGCCAUGGGAGAAUUGCAGAAGCUGUUUUUGAGAGGAACGUUUCUUUUCGUCACUCCUAGUUUUCUUUCGUUCCCCUGUGUUCUGCAUGCUACUGUAACCACAGCGUUUUGGGGAGCUGCUGAUCUCUGGCAAUGUAUUUGUGUCAUGCUGGAUGGUUCCGCUCAGGAUUCCCUGUCUUUCUGCCAACUCAGGCCUGCCUGUGGUGAAGUGCUGCCACCUGCCAGAAACUUGUGUGGCUUCACAGUGCUACCUUCUGUUUAAUCCAUCCCACUCAUUGCUCUCACUCCCCUUUCCCACUGUACGUUCAGUACUUCCAAGUUUCCUCUUCACCCCUGGAUGCUCAAAUGUCUCUUUCCUGUGCUUUCACAGUUCCAUAUAAGCCAUUUUUUCCUUGGUCUCCUAGCAACCUGUAUGGAACCCUGGUUCAUCUUCUACCAUUAAAGGGGUUGACUGCUUUCCAGAAGAGGUCUCUUCUCCCUGUGGCUCUGGCCAGUGUCAGCCUUGGCUGAGGAGGGCAUAGGGUGCCUUUCUCUCAGAUCCCAGGAGGCUGCUAUGCUCCCACACUGUCCCCUGGAGGAGUACAAACUGCAGCAUCCCACCCCUCACUUCUCUAACCAUGCAGGAGGGUACACAAUGGGAUCACCUUAUUGCUAGACUCUUUCUAACCAGACAAAUCCCUCAGGAGCUCUUGAGGAGAUCUUGCUGCCUGAACCCCUUUGAUUUGUUAUCUGACAUCCCUUAUUAACUGCUCAAUGUCAGGCCUUGGGUCCCCAUUCUCUGUGUUCCAGUGCCAUUUUAUGCUCUUCCCCUGACUGCUCUGCUCCAUAGUUUUAAUCUCUUAAUUUAAAAGGAGCAAGGUGGUGUGGAGAGGGAAGACCAUGAAGGUGGCAUAUAUUCACUUCUGAUGCUCUUUUUACCCAGGGACAGGGAUAUAAAGCCUGGACUUGGUUUAGGCUUUUCUCUAAGUGACCUGGAAGUCUGCGCUAGCUACAAGUGCCGUAAAAGUAGGUGAUGCCAGGACUGUAGGCAAAGACCCACAAGAGGCAGGAUUUCCUUACAAGAGUUACAUUGACUCUCCCCAAAGUGUAUCAUACUUACACACGUGUCCAUCAAUUAAUUAUUUUGUUAUAUUAACCUGACCACUAGAGAUGUCAAACCUUUAACUUCCUAAAUCUCCCUGAGACUUCUCUUCCCCUUCUUUGAUAUGUUCCCUGCCAGCCUGGGAUUUGUCGAUUAGAAGAUAGUUUAAGGCAAAAGGUGACCUACUGCUAUUAACAAGUGUUUCACCUUUGAAUUUCCUGAGAAUCCCUGGGACCAUCUUGGCCAGACCUGCUAAUUCCAUAGGUUUUGCACAGUUACUUUUAUUUUGGACAGAUCUUUUGGUGUAGUCCCCACAAACCAGGGUUCUUGUGUGUGAAUUUCACCAGUUUAUUCCAUUGUGCCAUAAAUAAUUAAUUUAGCUUUGUUUUGAUGUCCUUGUUCUCUCUGACUGCUUAUUUUAUGCCCUGCUCUUCAGUUGCCCUCAAGGCAAUAUAGCAAAUAUAAAGAGUACAAGGAAGUUCUGACACCUUUGCUUUGUUAUGGUUUUGCACUUAAUAGAGGUCAUGUUCAUUUCAAUUUUCCUCAUUUGGAUGCAAGGUCAGCUUCUUGGAAAAUGUAUUGAUAAUUCCUUUGGGAAAUAAUUUUAGUCAUGUCAUGUCAUGUCAGCUUCAUUUUGCCUUUUGUCAAAUCUUCUAAAGAAGGUGUAGGUAUUUGGAUGGCCAAUGUGAUGUUCCUGUGUAACCUCUGUGUCACUUGUGAUAACUCACAAGCCUCCAUCUCAAUUCCCUCAGCUGCCUCUCUCUAUUCAAACUGGCUUGUAAGAAGUGUGUCACUUCCCUGCAGCUUCCACCAUAGCUGUGGUCAAUUUUAAAAUGGGAUUUUGGAAUGUAUGGGGUCAAAGCUUUAGGAUUUGAGUUCUACUCUUUGCCUAUAAAUUUGAAUUUAACUCCUCAGGUUCAGCUGGAUUUUCCAAAGGAGUAAGGCAUGUGCAAUGACACUGUUUCAUCUGUUCACAUGGACCUGCUUGCUAAAUUGGGUGAUGCUGGCUGUGGGGUGAAAUUGCAGAUACCACCUUAUUCAAACCUCACGGACAAGUAGGGGUGAAAGAGCAUAAGUGCCUCUGCUGCCUUCUCUUUGAGUCAGAGACAAAUGGUGGCCAUGGAGCUUACAGAGCAACCAGCAGCUGGAGCAUGCAUAAGGAGGGAGAGCAGAACUGUGAGAGUUCCACAAAAGAGCUGGGGCUUGUGAGGCACAUGAGAGCAUGGGAGGCACCUGGCAGUGUGGGGUAGGGCUGAGCUGAAAGACAUCUAUGGGGAAACACAGGUAUUGUGGGAGGACAAGGGAUUGAGCAGAACACAGGAGGAAGGGGAAGGGAGUUACUGAGGAACAGGAGUGAGAAUGCAAGGAAGCAAAGCAUGAGUCUUGGGGAUUUUUAAGCAAGAUUUCUUUCAAAAAAUAUUUUUUUAGCACCACAACUAACUGCAGGAUCCAAUCAUUCCUAUCUCCCCCUCAUUUACAUGCCAUCAGUGCAUAUGAAAUUCAAAGGACAAAUUUUUCCCUCGGGAGUGUCACAUGAUUGUUGUUACACAUUGGCUCAGCACUGCAUCCUAUGGAAGUAUGAUUCAGAGCUGAAUUUUGACAGCAAGCAACAACUCUGAUGGCUGACAAAGAAGAAUCGAGCUGUCUACUGAUGUUUGAGUGCAGUCUAAUGUAAUCUAAUAAAAAGAGCAGCUAGAGCCUGAAUUUGCAUUUGAAAUACCUUGGCUGUGUUUGGAGAUGUGUUUCAAUGGAAAAAGCUCAUGAAGCUGCUCUGUAACUUCCUUUUCUGUCUGCUGAUUUUGUUUCCUGUUUCUGCACAGUGGAAAUCUUGAAACCCUGCCAGGAAGUAAGCCUUUUCCCCACAAGACUCAGUCUGCUGAGACUUGGUUGGGUGGGGACAGGGGGAAACAUGCAAAGGAUUGCUGAAUUCUCAGCAAGAAAUUUGAAGGCUUAACUAGAUUUCAGCUGACACUUAGGGAGGCUUAAUUCUAGCGAGAGGGCCAGGACUGAAGACAAAGGAUAGUGCUGGAAGUAUGUUGGAAAGAGAAACUAGCAGCAUGCUUGCUUGAGGGACCAGGCUUCUCCCUGCAGCUGUUCUUAUUCUUGUGUAAAAGUUACUCUCUUUGCACACAAUACAUAAAGGAAAAGUAAAGUUAGCUCAGGACAUGAAAGACACAAGGAGGGUCCUUUGUAAAGACAUCCAGUUACAUAUGCACCUCUCUGUUUAGUGGCAGUUCUCCAUAAUCUGUGUUCAGAUUCCCUUUACCUUCUACCACAUUGUUCUCCUCUGUUGUCUGGUGCAUGUUCUUCCUUCUACUGCCCUAUCUCAGCUCCAACUUUGCUCUGUUUACCCUCUGUACUCUCCUGUGAGCAUCUCAUUCUGUUCUGCCUUAAGGGAAUUCCAGCUAGCCAAACUAACCAGCUUCUUCCUUCUGGCUGUUUUCAAGACCUUGUUGUGGCUUUUCAGUAGAAGGGGUUUAUAUAAAAAGAUGGAGAGAGGCCUUUUAACAGAACCUGGUAGGAUAAGGGGUGAUGGGUUUAAACUGAAAAAGCCAGAUCUAGAUUAGCUAUAAGAAAGACAUUCUUUAAAAUGAGGUUGCUGAGAUGCUGAAACAGGUUGUCCAGAGAAAUUUCAGAUUCCCCUUAAUUGAAAAUGUUUAGGUUGGAAGGGGCUUUGAGCAGCCUGAUGUAGUGAAAGAUGUCCUUGCCCAUGGCAGGUGGGCUGGAGAAGAUAGUCUUUGAAGGUCCCUUCUGACCAAACCAUAGUCCUAUCUGCUGACUGAACCCUCCUCACCCUGCCUUAUUGGCAUCUCUUCUCAGAAGUCUUUCUGAUUUAGAAUGUAUCUCAGAAGCCAUUUCCCUUGUCUCCUUUCAAGAUCUGCUCCAGCUUGAAAUUAGACUAAGCACUGACACUUUGCCCAAGGUAAUAUCAGAGGUCUUUACCAGAAAGCAGAUAAGGGAGGUAAAUGACAGUGUUGGAAAAGUAGCAGAAAAAUGUAAACCAUCCCUUUCCAGCCUCUGAAGUGGCGCCUGAAGCAAGCACUGCUCUGAACUUCCAUAGGCUGUGAAUCAGGUUUUAAUAGAAAAGUUUCUGUCUGUACUCUUCCCAAUAAUCUCUCAGACCAUCAACAUAUUUUUUUUAAAAAUUUCACUUUGCUUGUUCUUCUCCCUGACCCCAGCCUGAUCCUUCUGUUUCUUCAUGGACAUGUCAACCGUCUGAUUAUUUUUAUUGCUUUGUCUAAGGCUGCAACUCCCCAGUCUCAUUUCUACAGGAGCCUUUCCUAGUCUGAGAUUUGUUCUAGUGCUAGCUUCCAACCGGGACUGACUUUGAAAAAUGAGACAUAGCUGCAACAUUUGAUAUAGCAAAUGCAGCUUAACCACAAGGGACAAGUAGGGCAGAAAGCAUUUUGUCCUGGACUGCAGGUUAAACUGGGCUAGGAACUGUGAUAUCUGCAAAUGUGAGAGCAAUGGUAGAAUUACUAAUAGACAAAGAAAGACAUGAAAAUAUGGGGAGAUAGUUAAGUAAGAAAGUUAAAAAAUUAAAAAAAAAACUUCUAUAAAUGUCUUGAAAAGGAAGCCUGUCAGCUGAGAAUCUGAUAUGGGGAAGGAGUGCAACUUCCUUUUCGGUUGUUAGGUUCUCAUUUUUCUUUUAUGUCUCAAGAUCUUCCAUGGUGCCAGGACUGAUUUCCUGGGCUAAGAAACUGAAGAUCUCUUUGGAGCAUUUCUGAGCUCCCAGGAAUUCUCGGGUUAUCACCAGUGUUUCCAGUGUUCAGCACAGCCUUCUUUGAUGGGCAGAGGGUGAAUGAACAGAUGGGAAAGGCUCAGUAACCUAUUUGUGUCACCCUCUGGAAGCAAGGAGCUAAAAGGACCACCGUUUAUGUGGCAAAACUAAGGAAAGGGUCACACUGAUUAAAUGGCAUCAGAAAUCACCUAUGCUGAGGUGAAGUUCAAAAAUGAAUCACCGGCUCCAGUGGUCAAAGUACCUCCGGAGACAAAGAAGCCUGAGCACCAUCCCCAGAAAUACCCACUCUGGCUGCCAUGGUCGAUCUCACUCCUGCUCCUCUUGGUGUGCUUUGCCCUUGUUGUCAUCCUUCUUGUGGUUCCCUUUUGCCACAGCACUGACCAGCCCACAGCCCUGCAGCAGCAGUUCUCGGAUUGGAGGUGCGACUCAGCAGUGCCACAAGGCACAGCACGAGGCUGGACAUGCUGCCCAAAGGGCUGGAGAAGGUUUCAAAGAAGCUGCUAUUUCCUGUCCUCUGACAUGAUGAACUGGGCUGAGAGUGAGCAGAACUGCACUGGGAUGGGCUCCCAGCUGGUGGUGAUCAACAGCAAUGAAGAGCAGGUUUUUCUCUCCAUGCUAAUAAAACAACCUCCUAAAAGAGAGAAUUUCUACAUUGGUCUGUUUGCAGAGAAGGUGGGCAAGUGGCAGUGGGUGGACAAGACUCCAUAUAAUGUGACAGCAGCGUUCUGGCGAAAAGGUGAACCAAGCGAUUACCUUGAUGAGAACUGCACGGUAAUGCAUGUGCCUGAAAAAUCUCUCAACAACUGGAAUGACGUCAAAUCAGACUUUAUGCAUCAUCGAAUUUGUGAAGCUGCAGCAGUAACUGUGUGAUGGAAGUAGCCCUGUCCUGAGUAAAGCUGGGAGCUGAGCAGUGAGCUGGGAACAGUGCUGGCUGUGCAGGGAGGGGUGGGGAGCCCUGAUACCUCUUCACGGUGUGGGGUGGGACCAUGUGUGUGAAAGUGAAAUGAGCUUUGUCCAGCAUCCCCUGUGCAUGGGCUGGCUCAGGAAACACAGGAAGGCUCAGGCUCACUGAAGCUGGUGCUGUGUUCUUGUGUUCUCUCUGAGUGGGUCCAGCAGCCUCUGGUGGGAAAGAGAUGGACUUCUCCAGGAGGAAGACACAGGAAUGGAAGACACAUAUCCAGAGAUUCAAUGUCCUUUGUGUCCUUGAGCAGAGCUGUUUGCUUUUUGUUGAGUCACACACAAAAUGUCUUCUAGCUGUACUGGUUUUGCUGAACAAAUUCUGAAAACUUAAUCAAGGGAAAAUACAAUAUCACACCAAUGAAGAAAGGC